AUGGAGGAGACGGGCUUUAAAGAUGAAGUGGACAGAGCCAGGGCAAGGGAUGGCAGCAGGGAUGGCACGGACGGCCAGACCACCGAGAAGGAUCGGGCUGGCCCAGCGAAGGAGGCAGCCUUUGUAACGGGCAGUGAGAGUGCUCUGCCAUGCAAGACCCCGCUCAUCCGCUGCGCAGACGGCCUCGAUCAGGACACCUUUAAAAUCUGCAAGGAACUUUUGAGACCCUUUAAGAAGUCACUUAGGAAACUGCAUUUGCCCCAGCAUCUCCCCACAGAGAAAAAAUUGAAGUACACGAAGGAAAGUUUGACCGUAAUCGGGGACCGCAUCGAUCUGUUUCUCCAGCGGUACUGCAGAGCCUCAGAAGUCAAGCACUGGCAGAAGAUGUUCUGGCAGUUCGUCUCCCUCUUCUCAGAGAUGGAUGCAAAGCAGCUGCAGAAGCUGUAUAAGUACAUCAAGAACAAUCAAAUGGCUAAGUUUCUGAAAACCCAGAUGCAGUUCCAGGACUACAAAGAAAAGAAACUGAAGCAGCUUUACAUCAGUUGGGGUCUCCGCAGAGGUACAAGGGACCUGCAGGAACACCCGGGUCAAAGAGACACCACCGACACACCCGCAAAAUCACCGCCCAGCAGCGAGAAUGACAGAUGA